AUGCGGCCCUGCACGAACUUUCGACCCACGAACGAUGCUUCCAUACCGGUAUCAGCCCACAUUAGGCUAGCUACUGACUCAACAUUGAAUGCACUCGCACUGGCUGAAAAUAGUUUAGUAUCUCUGGCAAAGCUGACGAAUCAAAAAGAAGUAUCGAUGCCUUUCUUCCUACGCUUGGGCUGCAUAAACACUUAUAGAAGGUGUUCGGUUGAAUAUAAUUCAAUCCAAACGUUAACGUUAGGAUUAUUUGCUUCCUGGCUCUAUGAAGAAUCUCUCGAAGCACAACUUCUUUCGAAAUAUAAGCAGAGCAGCACAAUUACGGCCCUACAAAGGUAUACAAUGAACAAUUUGAAUAAAUUGCUGUCC